AUGAAUGGAAUUCAUCAAAUUUCAUUCUAAUUCUCUUUUAACCAAACACUAUUAAAAGUAAUCUUAAAAACCAAUGUUCAUUGAGCAUUUUAUUUUGUUUUGACUUUAUAAUAUGUGACAAAAGAGACUGACUGACCACACUAACAUUCUUAAAAACCAAUGUUCAUUGAGCUUUUGAGUAUUUCUCACCUAAGCAAAGUUAGGUGCUUAAUGCAAGCAAUUAUAAGAUACCAACUUUAGCUUAUCAAUGGCUAUUAAAUAUAAUUUUCUCAUUUUGAGAAUUAAAUAACAACCUCUAGUAUUUAUCUUCAUUAAAUUAAAUUAUAGUUCAUAAAUUCCUAUAUUUUUCCCAUCACCAUCUUAUUCUCCCUUCCCCAAAAAUAGAAAAUACAAAACAAAAAUUCAAAUUAAAUAUUUGGCACUAAUAAGUUGUGAAUUUUUUUUCAGCCAACAAUAACUGCAAUUAUUAGCUCAAAACAUGAGAUCAUCAUAAAAGAAAUCAUCAUCCUCAAUGAUCACCAUAUCAUCUCAUGACAUUCAAUGCUCAGAAUCUCCACCCAUUGAAAUCAAUGGCAGAAAAACUUCACAACCAUCCAAAGAAAUAGGCUUAAACUUUGAUGAUGAUGAUGAUUCUCCUUUAGAAAUUAGUGAUAAUGAAGGAUUAUCAAGCCCUAGUGAUGAUCAAGAUUCAGAUUAUGAACCUAUUAUCUCAUCAGAAGGGGAAGCAAGUAGUCAUAAUAAAAAUGAUUAUAAUUCAACUCCUACAAAGGAAAGGACACCUAACACAAGAAGGAAGAUAUUUAGGAGGAGAUGGAAAAGGGUAAAAGCCAAAAAAUCAUUAAUGGAUUUUAAAACAAGAUUAGAGGAUGCCCUAAAUGAUAAUUUUCUUCAUAAUGAUCUAGAAAGAAAAGGGAUUGUUACCCAUAAUUGUAUGGACAUUUCUCUUUGGGGGGUACCCUUAUUACCAAGUAAAGGACAUGAAGGGUUAGAUAUAAUCUUAUUAAAGUUUCUUAAAGCUCAAAGUUAUAAGGUUAAUGAAGCUAUGGAAAACCUUAAGCAAACCCUAAUUUGGAGGGAAGAAUUUGGGAUUAAUGAUUUAAUUAAUGAAGAAUUAGGAGAUUGGAAAGAGGUUAGCAAAAUGGUAUUUUUAGAUAGUGUUGAUAAAGAAGGGCAUCCUAUUUGUUUUAAUUUGUACGGGGGGUUUAGAGAUAAGGAAUUGUAUGGUAAUGCAUUUGGGACAGAACAAAAUAGGAGGGAUUUUGUUAGAUGGAGAGUUCAAUUUAUGGAGAAAAGUAUAAAAAGAUUGAAUUUUAAGGGUGGUGGUGUAGACUCAUUUCUUGUAAUUAGUGAUAUGAAGAAUGCACCUGGUCCAAGUAGUAGCAUGAAGGACCUUGGCCCUAUUAGCAAACAGCUUGUCUCCCUUUUCCAACGUUAUUAUCCUGAGCUCAUUUAUAAGCAUAUCAUAAUAAAUGUUCCGUUUUGGUACUACUUAUACCAUGGUGUAGUUACACAAUAUUGUACUUCUGGAACCAAAAGGAAGUUUGUGUUUGCUAGGCCACACAGAGUCACUGAAACAUUGCUCAAGUAUAUACCCCCUCAGAACCUUCAACACCAAUAUGGUGGGCUUAGACAAGAAAAUGAUGAAGAAUUCACUUCUAAAGACCCUGUUUUAGAGUUUAGUCUCCGGCCUGGUGCUGUUUCAGCCUUUCAACUUCCCAUCUCCGAGGUAAAUGUGACGGUAGUAUGGGAAGUAAUGGUUGUAGGAUGGGAAGUGAGUUACAAGGAUGAAUUCAUCCCGGAAGAUGAAGGGUCAUACAAGAUUUUACUCCACAAGGAGGAAAAUAUUUCAAAGUGUGUAAGAAAUUCAUUUUACAUAAAUGAACCUGGCAAAAUAUACAUUUCCAUCAAGAACGCUACUUACAUUAGGAAAAAAGCUUUCAUUAGGCUUAAAACCAAACUUACUUUGCCCCUAUAUAUGUACACAUGA